UUGAUUCUGUUUCCCUUGAAAGGAAACUGUAGGAUUUAUUUGCAGUUGACUGUCGUGCUGUUUUAUGAUUUGGCCUCUUUAAGAACCUAUUUCUUUUCCCUAGAAAAAUGUGGGCCAUUUUCUUCUGUACAAGUUAUACAUUCCAAAACCUCAACUUCCAUGCAUAGCAAUUAGAAGCACCUUCUCAUGAUUAGCUAUUGUACUCCUUUUUGAUUUCUGUUGGACCUCCCCUGCAAUCUUCUUGAAUGUCUAGACCUUAUUAUGAACUAUAUAGCUGAGAAAUUAAAAUAUAUUUAUUUGUGGUGGUAACCAUGAAACUUUGCUCCAAUCAGGUAAUGUAGUGGUAAGGGGUCAGGAGGUAGCAGCUUAUCUUUUCCCAGUUGAGAAGGCUGAUGCCUAAUGGCAUCCUCUCGUUAACAGAAAAGUGGUGUCAAUGAAAAUUGGCUCCAAUCAGACAACUUAGCACUAAGGAUUCAGGAAGCAGCUGCAUAUCUGCUAAGUUGUACAGGCAGUAUCCACUAGCAUCUUCACAUCAACCAAAAAGAUUGCAUCUCUCCAUUUGAUGGAGAGAGAGGGAGAGUCGAAAAUAAUCUUAGUGUUGGCAUUGGGUAAAUCCUCAUGCCAAAAUUUUUAAAAUUUCGAUCAAUUGCCUGGACAUGAUCCCACCAAGUACAUUUGGCAUUGUUUCUAUUACUCGUGUGUGUGCAAGGAGCUGCAAGUCCAUAUAAGCUCCUUGAGAACUUGGGUCUAAGAGUCGAGAAGUUAUUCCAUGUAACACAUGAUAUGACAUGCCAUUGUAAUUUCAUUAUACAUGGGGGGUUCCAAUAAUUUUAAAUACUCACAUCAUACUGACAUGUUAGUGAAGCAAGGUCAAAAGCAUAUGAGAAUCUAUAUAAACGACUUGAUACAAAAGAUGGAGAAAGGGAUAUAUAUAAAUUAGCUAAAGCAAGAGAAAGAAAAACACGGGAUUUAAAUCAAGUGAAAUGCAUAAAAGAUGACAAUCAAAAUGUUUUAGUAAAUGAGGGAGCGAUUAAGGAGAGAUGGAAGGAGUAUUUCACAAAAUUAUUCAAUGAUGGUGGUGACACAAGAGUUAGGUUGGGACAUCUUAGUAACUCCGAAGGGAAUGUGAGCUAUACAUUCUAUCGACGCAUAAGUUCAAAUGAAAUAAGGCAAGCAUUAAAAAGAUGAAAAAUCAUAAGGCAGUGGGACCACAUAAUAUACCAAUAGAAGCAUGGAAAUGCAUGGGAGAAGAGGGCAUCUCCUGGCUAACGCAACUAUUUAAUGCCAUCCUUAAAUAAAAAAAGAUGCCAGAUGAGUGGAGGAAGAGUACUUUGGUUCCUAUAUACAAGAACAAAGGAGAUGUUUAAAACUAUGAAAAUUAUAGAGGAAUUAAGUUAAUGAGUCAUACCAUGAAACUCUGGGAGAGAGUAAUAGAGCAGAGGCUCAGAAAGGAAAUAAAGGUGUCAGAAAAUCAGUUUGGUUUCAUGCCUGGUAGGUCAACAAUGGAAGCUAUAUAUUUACUGAGGCGUCUAAUGAAAAGGUAUCGAGAUCAUCAGAAGGACCUACAUAUGGUGUUUAUAGAUCUAGAAAAGGCCUAUGAUAGGGUCCCUAGAGAAGUAUUAUGGAGGGUUUUAGAGAAGAAAGGAGUCAAAAUAGCCUAUAUACAAGCCCUUAAGGACAUGUAUCAUGGUGUAGAGACAAGGGUCAGAACAUGCGGAGGGAAUACUGAACCAUUUACAACUACAAUAGGACUGCAUCAAGGUUCUGCACUAAGCCCAUACUUAUUUGCCCUAGUAAUGGAUGAACUCACUAAAGAUAUUCAGACCAUAGUUAUCAAAGGCGCGCCUAGGCGCGAGUUUGGCGCCUCGCCUUGGCCAAGGCGAGGCGGUUUUGGCGAGGCCCUCGCCUUGCGCUCCUAGGCGCUGGGGCGUGAGGCGCGCCUAGGCGUGCCUCAUGAAACUGAGGUUUUCUACUUAAAUCUUGCAACCCAAUCGCGCUUGCCUCUCCUCCCGACUGCAUCCAGCUGCGCUUGCCUCUCCUCUCCAGCUCGCUACUCGCUCCUCACUCCUCCCGACUAUAGCAUCUACCGUGCUUGCCUCUCCUCCCAACUCGCUGCUCGCUGGCCCUCGCUGCUCGCUCGCCCUCGCCCGAUCUUCCAUUCUUCCUCUUCCUCUCUAGCCCUAGCCGCGCGGCCGCGCCUGCCUCCUCUCUUCCUCUUCUCUCCAGCUCGCCCUCGCCCGAUCUUCUUCUUCCUCUCCUCUCCAGCUGCGACCCCCUCCUCUCUUUCUCUCCAGCCCCAGCCCGAUCCUCCUCUUCCUCUCUGCUACGCCUGCCUCCUCUCUGCUGCGCCUGCCUCCUCUCUUCCUCUCCUCUCCAGCUCGCUGCUUGCUCGAUCUUCCUCUCCAGUCUCCAGCCGCACCCUUUCUUCUAUUCUCCUCUACUGAGUCUGCCCACGCCACAGUCUUCUCCUCUCUUCCUCGCCUCUUCUCAUCUGCUCUUGAGCUCUUCAAGUUGAAGCUGCUAAGGGCCUAAAGCUGCCGCCGCCGCUGCCCACAUCUUCUCCUAUAUUCAUAAUUUCAUAUUGUAAGUUCUUUAGUUGUAUUUUAUUUGUUUAUUUCUUGCAUUUUUGCUUAAUUUAUUUUGCUGGCAGCUGGUUGCUGAAAUUUGCUUUUAAGUCUUUAUAAUUUAUUUCUAUAAUUAGGAGAAUUUUGAUGAAAUUGGAACUGUGUUGCAACAGCCCAAUAAAUGUCGUCAACCACUUCCUAAACGGACCCGGCAUGGAAUUAUUUUGAAGCUGAUCCUAAUGAUAGAAAUACCACCACAUGUAAAUUUUGUCGUAAAGUAACAAAAGGUGGUAUAUUUCGGGCGAAACAACAUCUUGUGGGCGGUUUUAGGAAUACUAAAGCUUGUCCAAAAUGUCCUCCAUCAGUAAAAGAAGAGAUUGGAGAGUACAUGCAAAAGAAGAAAAAUAACAGGGAUGAGCGAAAUAUAGCAUCGUUAGAUGAUGAUAUUCAAUUUGGUGAAGGGUAUGAUGAUGAUGAUGAUGAGCCGCUGCCUCAAAGUAGAAAAAGACCCAAUGUAUCUACCGGAAGUGGAAGCGGUACUGGUAGUAUUGGUAGUGUUAAAGGCCCAAUACAAAAAGGUUCACUUAAUGUUUUUUUUAAAGACCCAGAAGUUAAUGUGUUGAAAAGCAAGGGCAAAGGAAAGCAAACAAGGUUGGGUGAGCAUGAUUUUGCAAAAAAAGAGUUAAGAGCUCGAGUUUGUAGAAGUUUUGCACGAUGGAUGUAUGAUGCAGGCAUUCCAUUCAAUGCAGUGACAUAUGACAGUUUUAAAGUAUUUAUAGAAGCAGUUGGUCAGUAUGGUCCGGGUGUGAAGCCGCCUAGUUACCAUGAAGUCAGGGUUCCUCUUCUCAAACAAGAGGUGGAAGCCACUCGUGAAAUGAUGAAAGAUCAUGAAGAGGCGUGGGCCAAAUAUGGAUGUUCCAUUUUGUCAGAUGGCUGGAAAGACAAGAGGGAAAGGACAUUGAUUAACUUUUUAGUCAAUUCUCCUAAAGGAAGUAUGUUCUUGGAGUCUGUUGAUGGUUCUAGCUAUUCAAAGACUGGGGAAAAGAUGUUUCAAUUAUUAAGUAAAUGUGUGGAAAAGAUUGGAGUAAGAAAUGUGGUGCAAGUGGUCACCGAUAGUGCUUCAAACAAUGUUUUAGCAGGAAGAUUUUUGGAGGCAAAAUAUCCUACGUUGUUUUGGACACCAUGUGCAGCGCACUGUUUGGAUUUAAUGUUGGAAGAUAUUUUCAAGUUGCCUAAUAUGAAGAAGACAUUUGAGAGAGCUGUUAUGGUGAAUAGCUAUAUCUAUACUCGUUCGGGUCUAGUAAACAUGCUUAGAAGGUUUACUGACAAGAAAGAGUUGUUGAGGCCUGCAAAAACACGGUUUGCAACUGCCUUUAUCACUUUGGGCAGGAUGCAUAGUCUGAAAAGCAACCUUAGAAGGAUGUUUACUUCCGAGGAGUGGAUGACAAGCAAGUGGGUAAAAGAAGCGGGGGCUAAAAAGGUUGUAGAAGUGAUUUUGAUGCCUUCAUUUUGGAACAAUGUUGUAUUUGCUUUAAAGGUGGCUGGUCCAUUGGUGCGUGUAUUGCGCUUAGUGGAUGGUGAGAAGAAGCCUGCUAUGGGAUACAUAUAUGAGGCCAUGGAUAGGGUCAAAGAAGCGAUUGCUAACUCUUUUAAUGGGGAUGAAAAGAAGUAUGCACCCAUUUUUCAGAUUAUUGAUAAUCGAUGGGAUGUUCAGCUUCAUCGCCCCUUGCACGCAGCUGGUUGGUACUUGAACCCAGAAUAUUUCUACAAGGCUGAACAUAUAGAUCCAGAGAUCAUGAACGGCUUAUAUGAAUGCAUUAGAAAGUUAAAUCCAGAUAUAAAGGUUCAAGACCAAAUUGAUGCUGAGCUUUCGAUGUAUAACAAUGCAGAUGGGUUCUUUGGAAACUAUAUGGCUAUUAGAAAGAGAGCUGAGAAAUCACCAGCUGAAUGGUGGGCUUCAUAUGGAAUGUCAACACCCACGUUGCAAAAAUUUGCAAUUAAAAUUCUUAGCUUGACUUGUAGUUCAUCUGGGUGUGAACGUAAUUGGAGUGUGUUUGAAAAUCUUCAUACUAAAUGGAGAAACAGGCUUGAUCAACUUCGUUUAAACGACUUGGUGUUUGUGAAAUACAAUAGAGCAUUGAGGCGUCGAUAUCAAAUGCGUGAUACCAUUGACCCUAUCAUAUUGACCGACAUUGAUGAAAGCAAUGAAUGGUUGACUGGAAAACUUGAUGAGGAGAAUAAUAAAGAUGAUGAAACUGUUUUUCCAGAUGACAUUGGGGAUGGGUUGACAUGGAGUAAUGUUGCUGCGGCUGCAGGAGUUGGAGAGCCUAGUUAUCAAUUUAGAACUAAACAAACUCGAUCACAAUUGGGAUCAACUUUGGCUUCGACUUCAAAGCGGCGAGUAACUCAAGAGAUUGAAGAGGAGGAAAGUGAGGCAGGGACCGAAGAUGAUGAAGACUUGGAAGAGGGAGAAGAAUUGAGAGAUGAAGAAGAAGAUGAAGGGGUGAUUGAAGGGGAUGAUGAAGAUAUUGACCUUGAUGUUGAUGAUCUCCUUGAUGAUGAUUGAUUAAAAAACUUUUUUAUAUUGAUUGUGGACUUGUAAUGUUUAUGUGUUUGUUUAGAACUUUGCAUUAUAAUUGGUACUUGGUAAAGUUUAAGACUUUAAGUUUGAACUUUGAUGAUGUUUCUAGUUUAGAAUUUGCAUGAUGAAUGAAUUAACUUUGAUGUUGUUAGUUUAUAGAAUUUGAAGAUAAUGAAUCAUGAAUGAUAUGAAUGUGUUAUUAUUGAUAAUUUGAUAGUUGUUUAUGAUUUUACAAGAUUUUGAGUUUUUUUCCUAAAAGGUGCGCCUCGCUUCGCAAAGGCGCGCCUCGCCUCGUGCGCCUCGCGCCUCAGGCUCCAGGACCUUUUGCGCCUCGCUGCGCCUCGCGCCUUUCAGAACUAUGAUUCAGGCAGAUGUGCCAUGGUGUAUGCUAUUUGCAGACGACAUAGUGUUGGUGGAUGAAACAAAAGAAGGAGUGAACACUAAGUUUGAGUUGUGGAGAAACAAUUUAGAAUCUAAGGGAUUUAAAUUAAGUAGAAAGAAAACAGAAUAUAUGGAAUGCAAAUUUAGUAAAAAUGCAAGAGUGGAUGAUGUUAUAAUAAAAUUAGAAGACCAAAUCUUACAAAGAAAAGACCAUUUUCGAUAUUUGGGAUCAGUGAUUCAAAAAGAUGGAGAAAUCCACGAGGAUGUCGCACAUAGAAUUAAGGCAGGUUGGCUAAAAUGGAGAAAUGCAUUGGGGGUGUUAUGUGAUGGUAAAAUCCCAUUAAAAUUGAAAGGAAAAUUUUAUAGGACAGCUAUAAGACCAGUCUUGCUGUAUGGUUCAGAAUGUUGGGCAGUCAAAUACCAGCAUGAGCAAAAGACGACUGUAGCGGAGAUGAAGAUGUUAAGAUGGAUAUGCGGACAUACAAGAAAGGAUAAAAUUAGAAAUGAAAUUAUUUGUAAUAAGGUAAGAGUAGUGCCAAUCGAGGAGAAGAUGAGAGAGACUAGACUAAGAUGGUUUGGUCAUGUGAGAAGGAGACUAAGAGACGCUCCUGUGAGGAGAGUUGAUGAAAUGGAACAAUUAGUCACAAAAAGAGGUAGAGGUAGACCCAAGAAGACUUUGGGAGAGACAUUAAAAUUUGAUAUGAAAUAUAUGAAUCUAAAUGAGAAUAUGACAAAAGACAGAAAUACAUGGAAGUCUAGAAUUCAUGUAGCCGACCCCACAUAGUGGGAUAAAGGCUGGAUAUGUUGUUGUUGUUUACUCACAUCAUACUGACACUCAUUUGAUGUCACAGGGAAUAUUGUCUCAGUAAGAACUACGGAUCUUUUCAGCAAGUGCUUGCUGGACACUAACAGGAGGAAGAAAGUUAUUUAAGGCUUAAAAACCAAAGGUUAGAGCUAAUGAUUAGAGUAAGGAUGUUAGAAACCAGAGGUUUAGUCAGCCUGUGAUUGGUGUAAGGAGCAUUGCGUUUAUAGGAAAAUUAUAUGAUUAUUCCUUAUAAAUUCCCUUUCAAUUUGAGGAUACAACUUGAGAUAAUUUCCUGGAAUCUCUUCACCUACCCUGCAAGGAAUCUGAUGGUUCUGUUAGAGGAAUACUGGCUAGCGAUACGUCUCAUUGAUGCUACCAGCCUCUUGAAACUUGGAUAAGGUUUCCCUUUGGCAGCUGUGCUUUAGAAGUAUAAGACAGUUUUGCUAGAGACAUUCAAACUAUUUUACAAGGAUUUUGAUGACAGUGGGUGUGCCAGUAUAUGUUUCCGUGAAUCAGGUUUUCUUGAAUCCUUAAUCGUAAGAUAUGAGAUAUGAAUGCAAAAGUUGGGGAUAUAUGGAAUUGUUUUUAAUAUUUAUAUAAUAUUUACUGUUCAAUAUCCAAAAUAAAAUAAUAAUGUAUUUGAAAUUAAGAGCAUAAAUGAGAUUUUUAUUCAUCAUUCUUGCGAGAGCCUUAAAAACCUUUCCUUAUCAUGUGGGUUUGAAAAAUUAGCGGGACCAACUGAUCAAUCUGAUUAUGGAUGUCACUUACCCUUGUUAUGCACACAGAUAUCCAGGGGAGAGUAGAAAAGCUAAUGUAAAACUGAUUUGGCUAAUUCUUCUUUGCUCUGUAUUAUGCACCUGUAUCUCUUUAAAAGGUAGCCUUUUUUCAGCAGGCUGGUUAAUCCUACGUGGGUUGAAAUCUUAUUGCUCUGUAUUAUGUUUUUUAGGAUGUACAUUUCUUAUUUCUCAAUGUCUUGACUCUAUAACUCUAGUAAAGGAAAGACUCCUGAUUUUAGGGUUCCACCAGGUCUUGCUUCUUAAAAGCCUUUAUACGUAUGCAACCAAUAUGAGUGAGAUGAGAUCUCCUAUAAACUUGCAUAUUGAACAAAUAAAGAAGUAUAUUUUGCGUGAAGGAUAGUCUUAUGCCAUAAAGAUUUAGCAAGACAUGCAACUAGAUAUGGAAGUUGAAAUAGGAAUGAUCAGAUGUAGAGAUAAAACCUGCAGAAAGGCAAUAUAUCCAUGUGGAAAAUGUUGUCAUUAAGCUACUUGCAUUCGAAAGAGACCUCACCAUGUCAUGGUAAGUUGGCAUCUAGUUGCGGCUUGCUCCAAAUAUAUGAUUCUUUCGAGAUAAUUUUUUAAGAAAAAAAUAAAGGUCUAAUGUUUUAACUGAAAUUAGGCACUCUGGAAUGAGUUUGUGCCAUUCCCUGCUAGAUCUAUCACCUCUCAACUAACAGCCAGCUGCUAGGUCCUACUUGUCUUUGAAGUAUCAUUGUGGUCCUGAUCGAGGACUUGUGCUUUGAUGUGAAGUCUCUAGGGUUAUUACUAUUUUACCUGAAAGUGAUUGCUACCCUUACCAAUGGAAAUUAGAAGGUGCCACUAUUCUGUUUUACAUGCUUUACAGCUCCUCAAGUCACAGUGACAACAUGCACUCAGUACUACUUUCAAACUCAUUUAUUUUUUUUAAAUUGUCUAGAAUUGAUCCAAAUUCCAAGAUUUAAUACCACUUGACUCAUUGUUUGGUGCUUGUAAGUUAAUGAUGCACCAUGAGUCCAUGACCAAUCUGCUAGGAGGUGUGGAUUAUGCAGAAUAUACAGGCUAACCUAUGGUAUUUUUGUUGGGAUUGGCUGCCUGUGCUUGAACUUGUGUCAUCACUAAAACAUUUAUUAAGCUAGGUUUUCUUAUUAAGGGAGGCGUCAAACCUGCCAUAUUUACCAGAUAUAAUGGAAGUUGAUGUUAGAAACCCCCAAUGAUCCAAGAGUGAGUGCAGACUGUGCAUUUGUUUCAAGUUGUUUUUUGGCAUAUUGUUAAUGUGUGGCAUUCUU